AUGCGAGACGCACGUGAAAAAUGUCGAUCGAAGCAAAUUAUCCGUCCUUUCGCAGACAUCCUCGCCAUUGGACACCCUCUAUUUUCUCAAAAGCAUCUCGACGAGGCUCCCGAGUCCGAGAAUUUGCUCGCAACCGAAAUGAGUGACAAAACCUCCAGCAGCGGCAUCGAGCUGCCGCAAAAUGGAAGUAAAAUCUUCCAUGGCAAAGCGGCUGCACAGCCAAAGUUGUUUGGUCUCGGGACAAGAGAAGGUCGGACAACUUUCAAGACCGAAUCGCUGGAGGAAUACUACAAGCCGAUAAAUUCUUACGAAGGCGCUCAUCGCUAUGAUCCCCAAUUCGAGUGGACACCUGCCGAGGAAAAACGUCUUGUUCGCAAGCUGGAUCGAGGCAACAUCAGUCAAGCACUGUCUGACGACAUGCUUGGCGACCUCAAGAUCACAACCAAUGACUACAACACCGGCCAGACGAUCUUCUACCUAACAUUCUUGUUCGCCGAGUUGCCCAGCCAGCUAAUUUCUAAAAAGAUCGGACCUGACAACUGGAUCCCAAUUCAGAUGGUGUCUUGGUCUUUGGUCGCCAGUUUCCAGGCUUUCAUGUCAGGCCGAAGCUCAUUUUGGGCCUGCCGAGCUCUUCUUGGCAUGAUCGAGGGCGGCUUCAUACCUGACAACAUUUUAUACCUGUCUUACUGGUACAAAGGUGGCGAGCUACCUCGACGCCUAUCGUUCUUUUGGACGUCGUACCAGGCAACAAGUAUAGUAUCAGCCUUCAUGGCGUUUGGCAUCCUACACAUGCGAGGAAUCAACGGCCUUGCCGGGUGGAGAUGGCUGUUUGCACUCGAAGGCACAUUGACCGGCCUGAUCGGCAUCGUAUCGUGGUUCUACAUCCCACCUUCGCCAACACAGACUGCGUCGUGGUUCCGAGGCAGGGAUGGCUGGUUCAAUGAGCGUGAAGAGAAGAUAAUGGUGAAUCGUGUGCUUCGCGAUGAUCCGAGCAAGGGCGAUAUGCACAACAGACAGGCGCUGGACUUCCAAGGUUUCUGGCUCUGCUUGAAAGACUGGCACAUGUGGCCCAUCUACUUGCUUGGCUUCACCUGGCUUCUUCCAAGCAUCCCGAUGAACCAGUAUAUCACGCUAGUGCUGCGUGGAGCGGGAUAUGGUACUUUCGAAACAAAUUUGCUCACAAUACCGGCUUAUGUGCUCUUCAUUGUGAAUCUGCUGGUCAUCUGUUGGAUCUCAGAGAAGAUCAAUGAACGCUUCCUUCUCAGCGCGGUAUCUCAACUUUGGGUGCUGCCUUUGUUGGUAGCGUUGGAGUGCCUGCCAGCAGACAGAAGUCCUUGGGCCACGUGGAUCCUCUCGAUCCUUGUAUACGCGCAGCCAUACGCCCACGCUAUCCUGGUCGCCAUCACCAGUCGCAAUGCUGGCACUGUCCGAACCAGGACAGUAGCCUCCGCGCUUUACAAUAUGUCGGUCCAGACAUCGAACAUCAUUGGCGUCAAUGUAAGCCUUUCGAAAGCCGCAUUGGCCCAGAUCGCUGCUGACAGCUUCCAGAUAUAUCGGCAGGAGGAUAAGCCGCUGUACAGAACAGGGAACAAGGUGCUCCUCGCACUUGUGGCGUACAAUAUCGUGCUCUUCGUUUUCGCCAAGAUCUUCUAUGUGACGAUCAACCAACGCCGUGAGAAGAUUUGGGGUGCAAUGACCAGGGACGAGAGGGCAUACUAUCUCUCGACCACAACCGACAAAGGAAACAAAAGACUAGACUUCCGGUUCGCGCAUUGA